CAUUUAUAGACAUUUAAGUUUUAAAAUGAAAAAAAUAUUAAACUUAUUAUUAAUAACUUCAAGUGUCCUUAUACUUCAAGUACAAUCGAUUGCCGUUUUAAGCAACCUAGAUUUGCCCAAUGAUAUCCUUUCGAAAAUAUUAAUUGAUCAUGUACAACAUGAACCUAUUUUCGUUGCAAGAGCAGAGUUUGAAGAUUCUAAAAAGUGUAUUUUAGGGCUUAAAGAAAUUGUGAAUCGCUAUCCAAGUAUGGACGUUUUUCCGUUUAUUGAUGCUUGGGGAACAAUUCCCUCAGGAUUGCUAUAUGGUCACUUGGAGGACUUUGGUAACUACGAUGAGUGUCUCGAUAUAUCUACAAACCUAACUCAAUCUAUUGGUCCUACAAAUGGAAAGUAUUGUUUUGCAUCGCUUCCUCUAUUAGAAGAACAAACUGUUACUCCGGAUAGUGUCGAUGGUGACGGAAAAAUCCAACAAAGAUUUUCUAUCGCAGAAUACGCAGUCAUUAGAAUAGGCAUAUGUGUUCCUGAUGUUUGCACUUCCGAAAUACUCACAGAAAUAUUCCAGAACGCAACUGUUAAUAUCAUAAAUGGGGCCUUAAAGAGGGUUACUGUGGAGAACUGUGUAACAGCUGAAAGCCCAAGUUUUAAUAUUACAAAUUAUAUUGGAUUUGUUAUAUUUGGAAUUUUUGGACUGCUGAUGCUGCUAAGUACAUUGUAUGAUAUUUUUACGGAUACAUUCAAUAAGCCAGCAAAUAAGAUACUCAUAGCUUUCUCUGUAGUAUCAAAUGGUCGAAAAUUGUUUAAACUGAAUUAUGCCAAGUCAAGCAAUACCAUUUCUUGUCUAACAGGAAUCCGUGUGCUAUCGAUGGUUUGGGUCAUUUACUGCCAUUGUUAUACGGCUUCUGCAAAAAUGCCAUACAUAAAUAAAUUUGAUUAUUUUCCAUGGACGAAGGAGGCAUCGACAAUGCACGUGGUAUUGGCUACUGUUUCAGUGGAUUCUUUUUUCUUUAUUAGUGGUUUGCUAUUAGCUUGGAUUGGAUUCUUUGAACUGGAUAAAAGCAAUGGAAAACUUAAUUUAUUUUUGAUGUACUUCCAUCGUUAUAUGCGCUUGACUCCUGCAUUAGCCGCUGUAAUUCUGUAUGUUGUUUCUAUAGACGACUAUAUUGGAAUUGGUCCAAUAAGUCAAGAGUUUAGAGAUAUUGUUGGCAACUGCAAAAAUAAUUGGUGGUCAACGUUACUUUACAUUCAAAAUUAUGCUAAUCCAGCUGACGUGUGUGUAGGGCAAACAUGGUAUCUAGCAGUUGAUACUCAACUGUAUGUCUUAUCUCCUCUGAUUUUGAUUCCUCUUUGGAAACAUGGGAAGAAGGUUAUACCAAUUAUGUUUAUUCUUGCAUUUCUACAGGUCGGAUAUGUUAUUGCAAUAUUUUACCAAUAUGGAUUUAAUAAUUUUCUGGGAGUUUUAGGGGACGAUCAAUUAGUUCUAACUUAUAAGCCAACUCAUGCAAGAUACUCUGUUUGGCUCGUGGGUAUUGGAUUUGGGUAUUUUAUGCACAAGAACAGAAGCAAGUCAAUACGUCUUUCAAGGCCUAUUCAAGUCCUUGGUUGGUGUGCUUGCUUUGCAGUUAUUGGAGCCAUAAUGUAUGGACCUUAUCCUACAAUCCAUGCUGACCAAGGGGCUACUAUUCUUCAAGCUGCAUUAUAUGAGCCCUUUAGGCGGAUUGGAUGGGGAGUUAUGCUAGCCUGGGUUGUUUUUGCGUGCCAUUUUGGAUUUGGGGGUUUGAUAAAUUCAUUUCUUUCACACGAAAUGUGGCAACCAAUUGCUCGAUUGACUUAUUCUAUGUAUUUGGUGCAUUUGAAUAUUCAAGUCGUUAACUAUGGAUUGACGAAAACGAACGUCUACUUUUCAGACUACAACUUUAUAUUAACUUUUUGGAGUACUUUUGGUAUUUGCUUGAGCGUGGCGGUAGUUUUAACAUUAGCCUUUGAAGCACCAGUAAUAGCGAUUGAAAAGUUAUUGUUUAGACCCUUAAACCAAGAAAUUGAUGAAAAACCAAAGACGAAAUCCAAGGCUGAGCUAGAAAUAACUCAAAAACUUCCUUAGCUUUACAAUAAAUAAAUAAUUAUAUUUUGUAGAUAUUUAUACAAUCAUUUUUCUUUUGGGUAAGAAUUUCCAAAGACCAACUUAAUCUAUAUGAUCUUAUAAUAUUGGUUCAAUAGUAAAAUUAAAUUUUAAGAAAAAACUAAACGAAAGCUAACCGUGCGUCAGAAAUAAAUGAAUUAAUUUGAAUCAAGUUUAGAACACAUGUAUGUACUCGUAUGUACAUAUAUUAGGUAGAUGCUUAAAAUUGAAAACCAAAACUGUAUUAAAAACAAAUUUAAAAAAAAAAUAAAAAUCUAUAGAAUUUGGACUUUAAGGAACAAGUACAAGAAUACAAUAUAUAAUGUACAAACAAUACUUUGUAAAGUGCACAAAAGUAAAGUUAGUUAAGUAUAUUUUUGUUUGGUUAAAAUUAAAAAAAAUCCAACGGAAUCAGUAGGUUUUUCCUUAGGCCCGCCUCUUUUCAGUUCAAAAUGUCGAUUCAAAAUUAUCAUCAAGUUUUAUGUUUUAAAAUAAGUAAGUAAGUAG